CAGUGCGCCAGCUCGCUCCUGUUUUAGUGAGAGCAAAGAGUGGAAGUGCACCGAGAGUAUAGUUGAAGAGUAUUGACCUACUAACACAGAUCUGUUAGAGCAGCAGGCUGUACACUGGAGCGGGGAGAGAGACACUGAUACGUAUACACACACACAUUGCACUGGAGACGCUGACUUUUUUUUUGUUUUAUUCUCUUGUUGGCACGUGUGAUCAAUUAACCCCCCAGCUGCCGAACACCUAUGCCUGGAAACGGAGCGAGUGAAUUAAACAGGAGCAAAGAUGCCUAGGAACUGAUGCAAGCGCUAAGGCAGGUCAAAUAAUUGUUCCUGAGCAUAUAACGGAAAUGGUUUCAACCUGGCUGUCUUGAGGCCAUGAAGAAAAUUUCGCCAGCAGAUGGAAUUUAAUCUAAUUAAGAGUUUCAAGUUGAUGUGAAAUUGCUCUUUUUAAGAGCUGCAGAAGGUUUUUAACUCCACUUCCUUCACAUGCAGCUGACAAAAAUGCCAACCAUUAAAAGAGAGCAAGAAUGUGCAGAUUCGCGUAUGGAAAAUAUUCUUGUUCUUAGUUCAAAUAUACCAGACAUGUCAGAAUCUAUGGACUCCAGCAACGAUAUGUUGUACAGUGAUGGGCUAAAUGUGAAAAACAAAAGCUCCUCGUGUCGGAGGAAAAGGGAAUUUAUCCCAGAUGAAAAGAAAGAUGCUAUGUAUUGGGAAAAAAGACGGAAAAACAACGAAGCUGCAAAAAGGUCAAGAGAAAAACGGAGGUUAAAUGAUGUGGUUUUGGAAAAUAAACUUAUGGUACUAGGGGAAGAGAAUGCCAGUCUGAAAACAGAACUGCUAUCAUUAAAACUUAAAUUUGGUUUGAUAAGUUCUACUUCCUAUGCCCAAGAAAUACAAAAGGUCACCAGCUCCACUGCAGUUUUUUUUCAGGAGUACUCAUCUUCCAAGCCAAAUAUGUCGUAUAACAGUGAUCAUGAACAUUCUGUAAUGACCAGCAGUUGUAUUUCAGUUAUCAAGCACUCCCCACAAAGCUCUCUGUCUGAUGUGUCUGAGGCCUCAUCCAUGGAGCAUGUUCAGCCGAGCACUAUCCAGAGCAACUGCAGAAGCACUGAUAUAAAGUUCCAAAGAGUUAAACGGGAGCCUGUGGAAGUGGAGAACUUUUCAAGAGAUGCCAGAGAAGACAGUAACACUUUCCAAGGCUCUAUAUAUGCCAAUUAUAUUGGAAGCACAUUUCCCGGGUAUUCACAUUCUCCACCACUUGUGCACAUAAACAGAUCGUCAAGUAACUCUCCGAGAACAUCAGAAGCAGACGAAGGUGUGGUAGGAAAGACAUCUGAUGGUGAGGAUGAACAGCGGGUUCCAAAAGGUCCUAUUCAUUCCCCCGUUGAACUUAAAAACGGCCACACGACAAUCAUAAAAGUUCCAGAAGUGAACUCCUCUGCAUUACCUCACAAGCUCCGUAUUAAAGCUAAGGCAAUGCAGAUUAAAGUAGAAGCACUGGAAAGCGAGCUUGAUAGCACACAAAAACUGACCCUGCCAAUUGAUAUGUCUUCAAAGAGGCACUUACAGCUGGAAAAACACAACAGUGAAAACAUGGUACAUUCUUCUUUGUCCCCUUUAUCAGUUCAAGUAACUAAUAUUCAGGACUGGCCACUCAAACCAGGUCAGUGGCAUCACAGGGAACUUGAUAAAAUGCCAAGUCUUUGUAAAACAUCUGGGAUUGUGCAUAUAAAAGACAAUGUCUACAAAGCCCCUGAGUCAGAGAGCUUAUAUUUAAAGCAAGGUAUUGCAACUCUAUCUGCUGAAGUUGCAUCCCUUAAAAGACUUAUAGUAACCCAGGAAAUCUGUGCAUCGAAUUCCAGUUAAAAGUACUACUGAUUUUUCAUGACAUGCAUAUUGUAAAAAUUGUAGUUUGCAGUAAAGUGGUAUGUUUUGUAUAAUGCUCAAUUUUCACUGGUAUUGUGACGUCAUUUCACUGUACUGCUGUAAUGAUGUCUACUUAAUAUUGUCCUUUUUUGUGCACAACUGUGUUAUGAUCACUAUGCCUUGUGUACAGAUAGGUAGCCAAUGCAAGGUUGUAAAUAUCUUUAAAUAUUAUUUUUGCCAGUCUGUUAUACAUUGUGCAAGUUACCAGUUAAAUAAAGUAUUGGUGAAAAAUA